AUGACAAACACCUCGAAUGUUGGGCUUACUUGCCUCUUCAACGGCGGGGAGAACCCGAAGGCUGACGUCGUCCUUGUCCAUGGUUUUGGUGGACAUCCGGAAAGUACAUGGUCAAAGAGUACUUCAUCAACCAAGCAAGACGAGCAGAGAGUCCCUGAUGAAGCUCAAACUCGAGACCGACAACGAGAUCGCGUCGAUGACGUGGAACUAUUGAAGGAACAACAAGCAAACGCACAGGGGAUAGCCAUAGUUCCUAUCGGUAAUACUUGUGUGGAAGGCUCGCAGUUGAAUCAGGGCGGGUCGGUUUCUUCUGACGCCUCUUCAAAAGUCUUUUGGCCUCAGGAUUUGCUCGGGCGGGAUUUUCCCAGUGUCCGAGUUAUGACCUAUGGCUAUCAGCCAGACCAAGAGGAACCUUUCCAGGCAAAUCUUCUCUCUCUAAGCAACCAUCUUCUUUCUACACUGGAAAGUGAGCGGAGAGGUGUGCCGGGCCGUCCCAUAAUAUUUAUAGCACACAGCCUUGGUGGGAUCCUUGUAAAGAAGGCUCUGGACUUAUCUCGGCGUUCUACCGCAUCUAUUCGAAAUGUAACAAAGGAGACCAUCUUCUUUGGAACCCCUCACUCCAAACCUCACGGGGAAUCAUGGAGCGGGCUGUUGAAGAAGAUUCCGAGCGAGUUCGCCGCUACGAAUACAACCCUAGUUGCGACAUUGGAUUCUCAACAUAAUGAAGAGGAGCUGGAGAGUAUUAAGGACACUUUUGAGAAAAUGCUAGAUCGCCCCAAGGACAAAAAGAUUUUCGUUGUGAUAUUUACUGGGGCCGUUGUGGGUGGACCUCCUGGGUCUAUAUCUGAGCUGGCUGUUCCAGUCGCAUCCGCUCGGGUCAAUUCGUCGUGGACCAAAAUCAAGACGCUUGAAGGGAGCCACGAAACCAUGUGUCAAUUUGGUUCACCAAAUGAUUCCAAUUAUCAGCUACUAGAAGCCGAAUUACGCCUUUCACUUCAGAGAAUCGACAAUGAGAAGAGGAAGCAAGAGAAGAAAAGGCUGAAGAAGAAAAUUAAAAAGAACAAACAAAAACAGGAAUUUCUAGCAGAAGGAGAAUGGUUUCCGAAGCUGCUGACUUGCCCCUAUUGGGAACGCAAAGACGAGCCCAACCCGCCUCAAACAGAGGGAACAUUCGAGUGGUUCCUAAACCACUCCCUAUAUAAACACUGGCGCAGUUCCCACGUGGCCAAUGUUCUCUGGGUCUCAGCUGACCCCGGAUGCGGAAAGUCGGUGCUGGCUAGACAUGUGGCCGAAAAUGUGCUACCAAGCAGCAACAAGAGACUGACAUGUUACUUCUUCUUCAAUAGCGACUACUCGGAUCAGAGAUCCGUAACCGACGCUCUAUUCUGCAUACUACACCAAGUGUUCAAGGACUUUUCAACCAAUUUCCCCCCAAAAGUUCUCCAAACGGCCACCGAAAAUUACGAGAAGACUUUGGAGUUAUUCCACGACCUCUGGGCCGUCUUGCUUUCCGUGGCAGAGCGCCAGAAAUUCAAAGAAGUUAUUUGUAUUCUCGAUGCCUUGGACGAGUCCAGUGAACCAGGACGGAGUCAAUUCAUCGACGCCUUGGGCAAACUCUACUCUCAAUCACAAAUCAAGCCAGUGAGACUGAAAUUUCUUGUGACAAGUCGGCCUUGCUUGGAUGCUUCCUCACUAGACCGCUUGAGAGUAAGCAUACAUUUGAGCGGCGAGAGUGACGGAGAGGUUGGCAUGAUCAGUGAGAUCAGGUUUGCAAUACAACAGAAAGCAGGAAGAUUAAUACAGAAACACCGUUUGGGUCCCGAAGACGGGGAUUUUCUCAUCGCAGAACUCUGUCGAAAUCCUAACCCCACAUACCUGUGGGUGCAUCUUGUCAUAGAAGAGGCCGACAACAUUCUUCUCACCCAAGAAAACAUUCGAUCAAAGAUCCAGAAUCUCCCUCAAACAGUAGACGAAGCCUACGAAAACAUAUUGGCAAAGGUCAAGGAUGCAGAAUCCGCUCGGCGGGUUCUACAUAUAAUUCUGGCAGCUCAAAGGCCACUGACAUUGAAGGAGAUGUCAUUCGCUCUGGCAAUCGGACCCAGCCACAAGCCGCCUGAUGACAAUAAGUCGAUCCCGGAGACAAAAGUCUGUAAUGACAUUCAAGACCUGUGCGGUGCCUUUGUGAGAAUUGUCAACUCCAAGAUAUACCUGGUGCACCAAACAGCCAGAGAAUUCUUAGUCUCUUCAGACGAGUCAGUUCAGCCAUCGGAUGCCAAUGACGGCAUAUCGCCUACCUCUUCGUCGCAAUGGAAGUCUACAUUUCAACCUCAAGAAUCCAAUCAGAUUCUUGCCGAGAUAUGCCUUUGGCGGAUCGCCUUGUCUGAUUGUCGCCUUGACCAACAUCAGGGUAAUAUGGAGAUAAGGGACGCUGUCAAAGGAUGCCCAUUAAUGAGCUACGCAGCGCAGCACUGGGCUGAGCACUUUCGAAAAGGCGGCGGGAUGCACAAACCUUCCAUCAUCAAAACUGCGAUGGAUUUUUUCACUGCGCGCCCGCUCGCUUCUCAGGCAUGGUUCAAAAUAUAUCAAGCGGCUAGAAACUUCUACAUUGGCCCUGAUAAACCUACUGCGCUAACGCUUGCCGCAUACUUCGGGCUCGGAGUAGUGAUAGAGCGACUUCCUAGGGGUGCCCUUGAUACAGUCAACGAAAAGUCCAGCGGCUUCGCAUCCCUACAGUGGGCAGCUAGAGGAGGUCACAGGGGUGUUGUUCAGCAACUCAUUGCGGCAGGUGCUGAUAUAAACUUGAAGGGCGAAGACGGCAGGGCAGCGUUGCAUUUUGCAGCUGAGCGAAAUGAUAGGGCCCUCAUACAGCAACUCGUGGCAGCUGGGGCCAAUAUAAACAUUCACGAUGUGGUGAAAAGAACACCUUUACAUCUUGCAGCUGGCAAAGGCUAUCAUGAUAUGGUUCAGCAGCUUCUCACCGCCGGUGCUGCUGCCAAUAUGCAGGAUGCACAUGGCAAAACGGCCCUACUUUCAGCAAUCGACAGCGGUCAUUUCGCUAUUGUGCAGAGGCUCCUUGCAGGCGGCUCGAAUGUCAGCAUACAGGAUACGAUGGGUCAGACAGCGCUACAGCGGGCAGCUAAAAGGGGCCAUAUAGAUAUCGUGCAACUGUUGAUGGGCGCCGGCGCUGACCUUCGUGUACAAGACAAUGAAGGCCAGACAGCGCUACACUACGCAGCUGCUCAAGAUCGAGAGGCCGUUGUACAGCAACUUAUUGCAGCCGGCUCUGAUAUCAGGACAGGGGACAAGCGUAACAGAACUCCGCUGGAGCAAGCAGCCAGAAAAGGCAGCAGAGAUGUUGUGCGACAGCUCAUUGAAGCCGGCUCUGAGAUAAAUCAUCAGGACAGAGACGGCAAUACGGCACUGAUCUGGGCUGCCAGGAAACGAAACAAUGCUGUUAUGCGGCAGCUCAUUGCAGCCGGAGCUGACAUGGCUUUGCACGAUAAGGCCGGCCGGACACCAUUCCUUUGGGCAGCCUUACUGGGCCAUCUGACUACUGUGCAGCAGCUUAUUGCAGCUGGCGCCGAUGUGAGUGUACGAGAUCCAGGCGGUAGGACGGCGCUGGAUUUGGCAACCGCCAAAGGUCGCGUGGGUGUUCAGCAAUUCUUGGAAAGGAUGAACAAUUGA